AUGGAGAAAACAAAAUCAUCCCUUCAUGCUCACGCUAACGAAGGUCUCACCACUGUUCUUUCUAUUGAUGGAGGCGGAAUAAGAGGGAUUAUUCCAGGAGUUAUGCUUGCAUUCCUAGAGUCUACGCUUCAGAAGAUAGAUGGUGAUCAUGUAAGGCUUGUAGAUUAUCUUGAUUGGGUUGUAGGGACGAGCACAGGUGGCCUUAUGGCGUCCAUGCUUACUACCCCAAAUAAAAAUAAUCGUCCCUUAUAUGAUGCUAAAGAUAUCGUCCCCUUUUAUCGCCAACACUGCCCUAAGAUUUUCCCCCAACCCAGCAGCUCUCGCAUCGGCAAAAUCAUACAUUAUUUGAAAUGUUUAGUAGGCCCCAAAUAUAAUGGGAAGUAUUUACGUAAGCUGUUGAAGGAAAUACUAGGAGACAAACAUUUGCAUGACAUGUUGACUAACAUUGCAAUCACAACUACUGAUAUAAAGCAAGGAUGUGCAGUUAUUUUCUCCAGCCAUAAGUUGAAAAAGGAUCCCAGCCUAGAUGCUUUGAUGUCGGAUAUAUGUGUCGGAACUUCAGCAGCCCCAGCCUACCUUCCACCUCAUCAAUUUAAUACCACAACUUCAACAGGCGAAUCAAGAGAAUUCAAUCUCAUUGAUGGUGGAAUUGCUGCCAAUAACCCGGCUGUGGUUGGUAUAACCGAAUCGGAAAUGGACAUGCACGAGGGCAACACUGGCAUCCAUGAGCGGGUCUUACUUAUAUCACUGGGGACUGGUAUGACAUCUGAGAAGAAGUACGAUGCCAAAAAAGCAGCUUGUUGGGGUGCUCUGGAUUGGCUGAUCGGAAAAGAUCGUUCGGCUCCACUGGUGGAUCUUCUUAUGAGAGUAAAUAGUGACAUGAAUGAGUACCUCAGUGGUUCCUUUUUUAAAGCUCUUCAGCCUAAUAGCAAUUACCUCCGAAUUCAGGACGAUACACUAAGUGGAACAUUGGCUUCUGUGGAUAUUGCCACAGAAGAAAACUUGAAUGAUCUUGUAAAAGUUGGAGAGGCAUUGUUGAAGAAACCCGUUUCGAGAUUGAAUUUUGGUACCGGUAAACUCGAGCCUGUUCAUCCUGAGGUUACAAAUGAAGAGGCUCUCGCGAGGAUGGCGAAAAUUCUCUCUGAGGAGAGGGCUCGGAGGCAGAGGGUGGUCGUUCACGAAAAUGCUGCUCUGCUCUCACAUAAGUCCUUGUAG